UCCCUAUUGCAGCUUCCCAGCCCCAGCAGCACAUCCCUAGGCUCUGCAGAGCGAGGGCGGGCAGCUGGCGGCGUGCUGGCAAGAGGAGCAAAGCAAGUGCAACUGAUCCCUAUGGUGCUCUGUCCCCAGGGUGACAGAGCGCAGACGUACUGCGCGCUGGAGAGCGUCUUGUGGGGUGAUGACAGCUGCCUGCAGUGCGGUGUCGUCAACCGGCUGCUAGCAGAGGUGUCCUGGGACCUGACAGCUGACCAGGUGAGAUGGUGCUCUUGGAAGGCGAGGGGAGCAGCCUGCCAGGCAUUGGAGGGCAAUGCGGAGCACACAGACAGGUUUUGCUGGCCUUGGGGCCCCACAGAGGCUCUUGAGCCAACCUGAGCCUCUUUUUCAGGGCGUGACGGAAGACACGAAGGUGGCUGCCAGUGACGUCUUGGUGGCUCUGGCCCGCUCCCACUUCAGCUUCGUGCUAGCCGAGCUCCUGGCCCAGCUGAAUGCCCCAGGGCAGAUCUCCAAGGAGUUCGUGCUCAUCACUGUGGGCAAACUCCUCAGCACCAACGCCCUGCAGUGCAUCCCCUUCAUGCGCGUGGUGCUGUUGGGGCUGCGCACCGUGGUGGGCCAGUUAGGGAGCGGCCGGAUCCUGCGUGCUGCCUGCGGUGCUCUGGAGCAGUGCGCCAAAGUGGUCAGCGUUUACAUCUGCACCUGGAAAGGAUGCUCCUUGCCUGCUCCGGAGAAGGAGCAGCUCUAUGAAAACCUUGCCCAGGUGUUGUGCUCUGUGGCAAGCACCUUGCUGGACUGCCAGGAGGAAGAGGACAAGCAAGCUGUCAUCGGGGCCAUGACUCCCUUGAUGCGUGUCCUCCUGCACAAGGAGGAGCACCGGGAGCAUGUCUGGGAGCAGCUCCUCUGGCUCCUGCACCAGUACCGGACGGUCCAAGACGCCUCCAGGGUGACCAAGAGCCUCCUUUCUUUCCUGGAGGCCCUGGAGCAAGUUCAGAUCCCCGUCCCCAAGGGCAAGUGUCUUGCCAUCAGCAGUGUCGUGUACAGCGAGCUCACUGCUGACACCAAAGAGCACAGCCAGGACCAUAAGGCAGAGCUGAGCCAGUGCAUCCUGCUGCAAGAGCCCGCUAUGGCAGAGAAGCUGCCCCAGGUGGUGGAGGCUGUCAAGAGUGUGUGCAGGGACCCCAGCAUCCGGGUGAGGAGGGCAGUUCUGCACUUCAUCAGGGAGCUGCUCAGUGCCAAUGCCCAGAGCUGCUCAGCGUGGGACAUUGUGGGCUACAUCUUCAGCGAGUUCAGCCGGAGCUCGAGCAGAAGGGCUGCGGGACUCCUGUCUGCCCAGGAAGCCCAGGAAGAAGGAGCUCUCCAAGGGCUGUGCAUGGACGUCCUGGGGUCCCUGGACAUCUCUGUGAGAGGGAUGGCCAAACUCCUGUGGCCGAGGCUGCUGAUCUAUGUGAUGCCAGCCAAGUACACGGGCAUGCUGAUCCCCCUCUCGUGCUGUCUCCACGCCCUGGCUGAGAGAAAUGAGCUGACGCAGGGCACUGAGCAUCACGAACUGGAUCCCGAUGUCCUCAACGCCCUGUUGCAAGACAUGACGCUGACUCCGCACAACUUGCUGGCUCGCCUGCUGGUGGUGGCGGGGUCUCCUUUUGCAGGCAGUGAACUCCAAGCUGCUGCCUUGCUGGUGCUGCAGAGCCUCCACAGCAGGAUCCACGCAGCUGUGGGGGCCACGUGGAACACCGAGAUUCCCCUGCUGCUGCAGUACCUCCAAGGAGGAAAGGGGAACAUCCCAGACGCUGCCGAGUGGGAGCGCCGUCUGCUUCAGUUCCUGAGGGCAUCCCUGGAAACCAUCGGGGACGACGCCUGGAUCAAGCGCCUGAGCUGUGUGCUGAGCCAGCGGCUGGACAGCUCUCCCAGCAGCUCUGGGGAGAAGGCUUUCCUAUACAAGGCUCUUGGGACGACGCUGGCAGCUUGUCAGGAACUCCCACACGUCCAAGAGAACCUGCUGCACCAUCUGAUGAGAGCACAACCUGAGGAGCCAUCUGAGGCCCAGGGAAUCAUUUCUCUCGUCUGCCAAGCCGCCGACAGCCACUUCGGCCUGGUCUUGGAGACUUUAACAACAUUUGCUGCCACCUUGUGCAGUGGCCGGGGCUUGAGGGUUUCCAGACGCAGGAAGACGCCCCAGGCCAGCAGGAGAGCUGAGGCCACUUGCAGUGCUGUCAUGCUCGCCCACAGCAGCAUGGCACUGCGUGCCUCCAAGGAACAACUGCUCGCCCAUGUGGAGGCAGACAUCGCGGGCAACAUCCUGCUGCUCUCCAUCUCCAGCAGCCAGAACUUGCAGACCAAUCUUGCCGUGGCGCAGAGCAUCCUUGAGGUCGGCUGUGCCGUCCAAGCUGUGGGGAACUUGGGCAGCUUCCAUCCUGUCCUGAAGCAAAAGCUGCUGCUGAUCCUGCAGAACUUGAUGAAGACGACUCUCUGGGACUUCCCGGCAGCGUCCCUGCACCUGAAGGUGAUUCUGGCCCUGGAGCAGUGGAGCAAGCUGGAGACCUCGUUCAGCAGCGAGGAAAUUUUCAGCCUGCUGUCUGACUGCUGCCAGGCCAUCCUGCCACUUCCCUCAGCGGCUGAGCAGAUUGGGAAGAUCAGGAACGCAGAGCAGGCAGUGCUGCAGCUCCAGUCCCUGCACAUGGCCACGAAGGCUCUGGGCCGGCUCAUGGCAGUCCUGCUGAAGACAAAGCCAAGCCCUGUGGACUUUGUAGACAUCGCCGGGGUGCUGUGGUUCUGGCUCUCCUCGGACAAGCCGUGGGUGUGCAAGAGGGCCCUGCAGGUCUGCGCCCAGCUGCUGGAGGACUGCAGAGAUGGAGUGGCUUUUCAGACAAGAGGUGCCUACCUGCCGUUUGGCGCCUUGGCGGGAUUGCUGGGGCCUCUGACCUGUGAGCCCAUGAGCAGCUCCCGCCAGCUGGCCGCUGCCUGCCUCAGCUCCCUUCUCCACAUCCAAGCCAAGGCCACGAACAGGCUGUUGGAGACAGACGACCCUGCGAGCUUGUGUGAGGGGCUGAGUGCUCGCAGCAACACCUCUCAGCAGCUCCAGACCUCCAUCCAAAUCGCAGAGGUCGUUUGCAAAAACGUCCCCAAAAAACAGGCUGCAGACUUCAUGAAUGCCAUCCAGGAGCCCUUCCGGCGUGCCAGAGGAAGCCGCGUGUGUGCUGCAGGCCACUGGAUGCUCACCUUUCUGGAAACCUGGGGAAAGGACAUUGGUCCAGACGUGCGAGGAAUCGUCUCCGCCCUGCACACCUGCACAGAGUCCAUGCUGGAGCCCUCGUUCGUGUACUUUGUGCAGCAAGCGGUGCUGAUCCUGGCCCGCCAUCACCGGGAGCUCACGAUAAACGUCAUCCUUGAGAAGUUUGUGCCUCUGGACAGAAACACACUGGAGCUGUGGAGGACUCUGGGGAGAGCCAGCAUUGGCCUCGGUGUGCUGAAGCACUUAGCGAGGAAGCUGAACAGAGUGGGAGACGACAGCUCCCAGCCCAGCUCGCCCACUCGCAGGCUGCACGCCCACCAGCCUUCUCCGGAGUCCUUGACUGUCACCCGUGCCAUCUCCGUAAUGGUGUCCGUGCAGUACAAGGAGGGGGUCCAGUGCUUGCUUCCCUCCCUCCUCCCUGGGCUCCUGCUGCAGCUCAGCAAGGCACUGGGGGAAGAGAUGCUGUCUGCGCCCCUCAGCCCCUGGAGAGGGCACGCUGAGGAUCAGCGGCAAGAGGGCAACGUGUGCAGGCCUUUCUGCAAAACUCUCACGGCAGUGCUGAGCAAAUGCACUGAGAAGAGCUGGCUGAGGCCGUUCUGGAGGCAGAAAAUGUCGGCGCUGCUGGAGAGCCCCCGCACUUAUGCCGAGGGCAUGUGCCUCCUGACGAGGUGA